UACCCGCAUGUCCUCCAUGAAACUAUCGCGAGAGAAAGCAAGGCAACCUGUAACACCACUCUUUGACAUUUCAGAGACUUUGAGACUUUCACUGGAAUAAAACCCAGCGUUCAUCUUUCGGAUUUAGUUCACUCAUCCAAUUGAGCUGCCACCGAGAGGAAGUCGCUCUCGCUCUCUUUCUCACUUUAAGAAAUAAAGAGUAUUUUCGUGAUAUUGAUAAAAAGAGUGUAAGUUUUUUUAACAAAGGAAAAAGGAAUAAAAAUGAAAACUUUAUCCUUUUUGAUCGUCACACUUUUCGUCCUUUCUUCCGAUUUCAACUCUUGUUGCGAGGCGCAGAAAGUUUACAAAUUGGACCCCGAAACAAUGUCGGAUGACGACUACUCACCUGAGAUGGACCUCGUUGGACCCUCGUCCCCCCCACAAUCCUCCGAAGAAAUGAAUAUAAAGCCCAACUUCCCCUCUCGAUUUACAUCUCUAGCAUCAUCUCCCCAAUCCUACAACUACUUCACCCCCGGUGGCAAACGGUAUCUCCUCUCAAACACUCAGCUCUCGACAUUAAACGGACACUCACCGAAAUACAUUCUCCAACCGUCGACUCGACAAUCAGGUUUCAUACCGCAGCAGAAAUCUUACUACGGACGAAUGAGUGGGUUUGGAAUGGGUGGAUUCGGAGGUGUGGUCGGUGGGGGUGGGAGACAUUCAUCCGCAUUCAUGCCACCUGUUUCACCAAGGAAAAGACAAAUUCUUUUUCGACAGUGUUUCUUUAAUCCCAUUUCUUGCUUUUAGAUUUUAUUUUCUUUAUUAAAACACAAAAAAAAUCUGAUUAAAAAACCCACUGCAUGCUUUGGAAAUUAGUAAUAAAAAAUAUAGAAAUUUGUUUGGAAAAUUAAUAAAAACUUGAAUUGGAAAAUACGAAAUAUUCUCUCUCUGAAUACGCAUUAAAGAUAAACUAAUUUGGACAUAAUUAAAAGUUUAUAAAUACUCAGUACACAAUGUGUCCCACUUUUAGUCUCGCACACACGUCAAUAAAUCGAUAUCAAAUGAUUAUAAUACAAAAUAAUUUAGUAGACUGAAAGAAAAGCUGAAUGAAAGGUUUCCUUAAUUAACACAAUUGAUUAUCAUCGUUUUGUAGAUUUGUGACGGUCGUCGUUCGUCGUCGUCUGACGUAUUCAUCAGAGACACAGCGGAAAUUGCUCUUCUUCUUAUUUCCUUUUAUAAGGAUUCCUAGUUUUUUGGGGGGGCGGCUGACGUUUAGAGCAAAAUUGUCAUGUGAAAAUACACGUUUAUUUAUAAUUUAUUUGACAUUUCUCGAAUGAUGAUUAGAUUGCCCCAUAAUGUGUCAGUUCCAUUUCUUUCUUCUGUUCUUGUCACAUUUUUCUUUUAAGUAAAACGCAGCAUGAUAUUGAUACAUUUUAUGUGUUGGAUUAAAUUGAUAUUUUUUGUUUAAAUGGUAAAUCUCACUUUCAGCAAAAUCCACUUAAUCAGACAUUUUCAAUCAUUUAUAAAAAUAAAUCAAAUUACAACUUUUUUCUUAAAAACUUUGAUCUCACCUUUAUUUAACAAAAUGAUGAUUAAAUUAAAAAAGCUACUCAAACUUUGCAAUAAUUUCUCUCGAUUAAAAAAAUCAAUUGUGUGCGUCAUCGUGAGUAACCCGAUCUCCAAAAAACUCUCAUUCUGAGAAGCUCUCCUAAAUUUCCCCGAGAAAACAAAAUUAAAGAAAAGUUUCUAGAAGAAAAAAAAAAUCCUGUAAA